AUUAAAAAAAAAAAAAAAAAAAAAGAACUCUUAACGAGAACUUCUAGGGUUCUGCAGUCCAUUGCAUCACUCUUGAUUGCUGAAGACAGGAAUCAUGCACGCUCCAGUUCUCGUUCUAAAGGAUUCAUUGAAACGCGAAUCUGGAACCAAGGUCCACCGUGCUAAUAUUCAGGCAUCCAAGGCUGUUGCCGACAUCAUUCGUACAACUUUGGGGCCCCGAUCCAUGCUAAAGAUGCUUCUUGAUGCUGGUGGAGGUAACCCUUUUGGUUAGGUCAUGUUAUGCACCUUUUUUUUUU